ACUUGAGAUUCAUCUUUGCGCGUUUUUUUUUAUGCACAGCUGCGCAGAAAUUACGAUCACGGUUAUUUUUUACAGCGCGCUCUCUCGGGCCUGUACAGCCUCGCCAUUGACUCGAGCCUGACUCUGCACGCGAUGCUCGCCAGCCCUGUAACCUCGACGCCUUUCUCGGUUAAGGAUAUCUUAAAACUGGAACAGCAGCAUGUUUUUAAUCAGCAGGCGUUUUCCAGCCCUGACACGGACGCGGCUCCGCUGCAGUCUUUGCAGUUUCAGUGCAUGCACAGUGCACUCAGCCGGAGCCUGGAGCUGCUCUAUAGCCCAGACAAACCCCCUUUCAGUCCGGGGGAGCAGAUGAAAUGCACCCUCAGCGCAGACGACUUCGGCUCCUGUGGAUCUCCGACAGAAGAAGAGAGGGAUCAUCAAAUUUCUAAUUCAGGUGCAUGUGAUUUAGAGGACUCGAGUGCUGACGGAAAACAGGAAGAAGCCCCGGGAGACAGGCCAAAGCCGCGCUCUCGCCGGAAACCUCGAGUGCUUUUCUCCCAGACUCAGGUGUUCGAACUGGAGCGGCGUUUCAAGCAGCAACGGUACCUUUCCGCACCGGAGAGAGAGCAGCUAGCCGCCGUGCUCAAGCUCACCUCUACACAGGUCAAGAUCUGGUUUCAGAACAGGAGGUACAAGUGCAAGCGUCAGCGGCAGGAUAAGAGCUUGGAGCUGGCCGGUCACCCGCUGCCUCCGCGCAGAGUAGCUGUCCCGGUGCUCGUGCGAGAUGGAAAGCCGUGUCUCGGUGGAACCCACGGAGCGCCCUAUAACGUCGCAGUGGGUUCGUAUCCGUACAAUAACUACUAUAACAGUUAUGGAAAUAACCCUUACGCCUGUAACUUUACCGGGAUGCCAUCGUUCUCCAACAGCACGCAAAUCCCUAAUCACUUAGUAGAUAUGAAUCUAAGCAUGGGGACUGCUGAUGGAGCUCUUGGAAAGCAAGGACCAUUUCACACCACGUUAACCGGAAUCAGAGCUUGGUAAUGAGAUUGUGGGAGCAAAAAAAAAAAAAAGACUCUAACCUGACAUUCACAAUGACAUAUGCUAUGACUGAGAUGGGCGAGUUUCCCAGAAAAUGCUUUGUAUAUAUCGCAAAGAUCAUGUAUCACAACCACACCGUGUUUCCAAUAAGGCAAUUAAUACUAUAAAGCCCCAUUUAACACAGUAAUGUUCAGUCUAACACUGUAUGAGACCAGUUAACCCUUUGUGUGUGUUCAUUUACUAUUGAGGAGUUUUCUGUGACUCACUUUAAGACAGUUACUCUUUGAUCGUGACCAUGUUUUUGGAAAAUUUGACCUGAACUGACACCGGAUAUCAUGUGGAAAUGUUAUGUGUAUUUGAAGUUUUGCAUUUAAACAGUUUUAAAAAUAAACUAUACUUCUUAUUAAGA